AUGCCCAUCUCUCCGCCAAUCAAUCUGCCGAAAUGGCUCGCGGAGAAAUCUGACCUCCUCCGACCUCCUGUCAACAAUUUCUGCUUGUACUCCGGCCAAGACUUCGUAGUGAUGGCCGUCGGCGGGCCCAACGAGCGGAACGACUACCACGUCAACGAGACGGAAGAGUGGUUUUACCAGUACAAGGGCGGGAUGCUGCUCCGCGUCGUCGACGGCGAGGAGUUCCGGGACAUCCGGAUCGAAGAAGGCGAGAUGUUCCUGUUGCCAGCCAACACCCCUCAUAAUCCGGUCCGAUUCGCUGAUACUGUGGGGAUCGUGAUCGAGCGCGUCCGACCCGAAGACGCAGUCGAUCGUCUGAGAUGGUACUGCCGCUCGCCAGCGCAUACCAAACCGACGAUCAUCCGCGAAGAUGCCUUCCACUGCGUCGACCUCGGCACCCAGCUCAAGCCCUUAAUCCAGAAAUGGAUGAGCGACCCCGAUCUGCGCCGAUGUGCAGAGUGCGGCACGGUCGCUGACGCCAAAUAA